AUGAAGCCCGGCAUUGUUGCCUUGUUCCUGGCCGGUGGCGCCCUCGCUGCUCCUUCUUCCAAGAAUAAGAAGUCUAAUAAGAAGAUAAACGUGAGGAAGACCGAUGACUUGCUCUUCAAGACGAGCCUCCAGGAUUUCAUCGAGAAGCGCAAUAAGCAAGAUCCUCCUUCUCUGAACUGGGAGAGUGACGGUUGCACAUCUGUGCCGGACAAGCCUCUGAAUUUUGACUUUUUGAACGCCUGCUUUCGCCACGACUUUGCCUUUGUAAACUACAAGGCCCAGGAUCGCUUCGACGAUCUUGCACGUCUCAAGAUUGACGAGCUGUUCAAGGAAGACCUCUACCACUCGUGCGAGAAGGAGAAGAAAAAGGACAAGAAGAGCCUUUGCCGUACCUAUGCCAACGGGUACCAUCUCGGUGCGAGACUCCUGGGUGACCUGAAUUCCAAGCUUACACCGAAAGGGAAGCGCGCUCUGACAGAGGAGGUGGUCUCGCCCAAAACGAUUAAGAAGGCUUGGGAUGAUGCGAAGCCCGCGCUGGACAAAAUCGAGAUCUCGCGGGAUACUUAUGAGGAUCUGAAGAAGCAAGUGCAGGGCCCCGUCAGGAAGUUCAUCGACGACGUCGAGGCCCAGAUUGAUAAUGCCAGGCCCACCUUCCACGAGGUGAAGAACAAGAUCGACCAGCUGGUGACGGUGAUGGGAGCUAAGUCGCCCCCGCUCAAGAACGGAACCAAGCCAAAGAUCCUAGUCAAUCUCCAGACAGAAGACAAGCCCAAGACGGAGACCAAGACGAAGCCCAAGACCGAAGACAAGCCCAAGACGGAACCCAAGACGGAGCCAAAGACGGAGCCAAAGACGGAGCCAAAGACGAAGCCCAACACAAAGCCCAACACAAAGCCCAAGAAGAAGCAGCAGAGAAAGCCCAACGACCCUAAGGAUGUACUCCCCAAGUAA